GAAAUGGCGGCCGCCAAUCAAGGAGCCCGCGUGCAUCGCACCACCAUGUUCAAGAUUCCGGAUCCGGAGAACCAAAAGAAGAUGCUGCAGGCGUACCAGGCGCUCGCCAAAGAGCAGAGCAAGGACGGCAAGCCAUACAUUCUCUUCAUCAUUGCCGGUAUGGCUGAGGAUGACCCUCGAUCGAAGGGAUAUACCGUGGUGGCGCACACGGCAUUCGCCAGUCUCGACGACAUGAACUAUUACGACUCCGAGUGUGCCGCACACAAGACGCUCAAGAAGGCGGGUGCUUCUUUGGGAGUGGCAGAGCCACCACUUAUUGUGUACUUUGAGGGACUACCAACAUUUUCGAAGUGACGGGGCGCGGGGGUGGGAGAGUGAGGUUUCAAGGGAUAAUAAGUAAUGGUAAUGGAUCUGUGACUUUUUUGGAGGAGACUCUUGCAGGGAAGACAACCAUGAAUACAGAGUGGCUGAAGUCACUUUCCAUGAAGGUCUCUUGACAGUGACGUGGGUGACACGGCAGUUUGUUGUUGACAGACGCCGAGAAGUCGUUGACGAGCCUUCCAAAGUCAGAUUCACGUCUCCGGCAAUCACACAACAACCUGAGUAGCACGGGCCGUGACCCAUCCUCGCUAGGACCGGCCUCUUCCUUCCUUUGCGUGGGGUGGAUAUUGUAUCCUUCUCAUACACAUAAACUGAAGCUGGCUGUAACCCGACCGCGAUCUUUGACAUCAUGCCGGGCUAUCACAUCUUAAAGAUGGUGUAGCGGAGUUCAUGUCGUUGAUAUUCAUUUCGAGGCGAGACUCCAAACUGAAUCAUUGAGAGCUAGAGUAUUGAGUAGAUUACCAAC